AUGAACAGGACUCUCCUGCGCACGCUCAAGGAAGAAGAGCUUCAUUCGUUGGAACGCAACCUCUGUGUCACUCAUGAAGAGGGUUUGGUUGCCCGCCGCUGUUCUUCAGCCAUACCACAUUCAGCCAUCACUCUGGCCCAGCAACUGGAGCAUACCAUGCAUGGGAAGCAGGGGGCAAAGUCCCAGUCAAAUGUUCCUCCUCAGGCAUGUGUUGUGAUGGAGGAGGACAAGGAGGACAACCCUUCCCUCCUGCAAGCUGAACCUGGCCGUUUAGAGUGGGACCCAGAGAUUGAGCUGUCAUCCUCCAUGCAGGCUGACAUCACGGAGAUGGAGCUGCUCAGCAUGAUGUUCUACCAGGCGGGAGAUGAGAUGUCCAGCUUUCUGUCCCCAACAUCUAGCCAGACUUCAUCUCCUUACCCCCAGAGGAGGGGGGCUGCCAGCCUCACCCCCAGCCCCAUGGCCUCUCCUCUCAGGCUCCGCAGGGCUGGGAGCAGAGUGUCGUCUGGUGGUUGGUCGUCUGGUGGGUCAAGUGUAGACAAAGAGGAGAGUGUCUUCUACAUGGAUGACUUGGACGGGACACAGAAGCAAGGCUAUUCCCUUCCUAACUCCCCAUAUCUGAAUAUGAGGCGGAACAUGUCUUGCCCUUCUUCACAGUGGACCAGCUUGUCCAGGAAGUGUGCGGAGGCAGCCCUCCAGCGCAGCAAGAACUGGCCCAGCAGUAGCAGGCUCUCGAACCCAGACCCUGGGGCUCUCUCUGUCCCCCCCAUCUACCUGAAUGGGGAGGGGUUGAGCCAGAAUGUGAGCCAGGAUGUUUUAGAGAUGUCAGAGCUGAUUGCACUGAGGAUGAAGGGGAUGAAACUCUCUGCAACUGUGAUCAAUCCCCCAUCUCCCAACCUGUCUACCUGGACUGAGAAGGUGAAAGAGGAAAAAGAUGACGAUGAAGAUGACGACGAAGAGGAUUCACAGCUGCAGUCUCUGAAUGAAGGGGCCACAUACUGCCAGAUCAGCCCCUGUAUCUGCCUCCAGUGCCCCAGUCUGCAUAUAUUCCCACCAGACCAUGACACCUAUGGCUGCCUGACUCCCCAAACCCAAGGUCCCCCCUUAUCUGCUGUUAGAAGCCCAGCUCUGAGCCCCAGGGAACAGGGGAAUGAGAGGAGCCAUGUGCUGGGCCCACGGUUCUCUUCACUACGGGCCAAGGGUCAACAGAGAGAUGGUGUUCCAGCAUCUGUUGCCUGCCCCAGCCUGACCCAGUGGAGAACCAAUGGAGAUGGGAAGGCUGAACAGAGAGUGGUAGAGGCAGAGCCAGAGGAAUACACCCUGUCUCAGUUCAGCUAUCAACCCAGCAGUAAUAACACAGAGGGGUUUGAGCAUCCUGACAUCCAGUUGGCCUGCCACAAUAUCCGAUCCCGUUUCAAUAGCAGCGGUGACCUCCUUCACCGUCUGUUUGUAUGCAUCUCAGGUGUUGCAGACCAGCUACAAAGCAACUACUCUAGUGACCUAAGAACCAUAUUGAAGACACUCUUCCAGAUAAUGACGACUAAGACAGUUCUUGCAGAAGAAGACAAGCAAAGGAAAGCAUCCUUAGGCCUGAGUAACAAGGCUCUGGAAGACUGUGCCUUGUGUAUGGAGUGGCUGUCCUCCUCCCCAUCGAUGGAGCAAGAUGUCCAAUGUGAAGCGCUCCCAAACUGGGUUCCUGAUGAGGCCUGUAGUGUCUGCACAGCAUGUAACGCCCCCUUCACCUUAAUACGCAAGAAGCACCACUGCAGGAGCUGUGGCAAGAUCUUCUGUUCUCACUGCUCUGCCCGCUCAGCGCCUCUACCGCGGUACGGCCAGGUCAAGGCUGUGAGGGUAUGCACCCACUGCUACAUGUUUCACGUCACGCCAUUCUGCCCCUGGAACAGCAACUGACUCAACCCUGGCCCUUAUUAUUCUAUCAAUCCAACUGUUUAAGGUAGUUUACUAGCUUAUCAAUUAAAUAGGCAUUCACAAUGUG